UCCCUCCCUCCCUCUCCUCCUCCUCUCUCUCCUCUCCUCUCUCAACCAGCCAUUUAGGCGAGAGAUUGGUACUCUGCGCGCUAGGCUGUGGACCUUCCUGCUCCAGUCAUUCUACUCUGUCUGCCACAUGCGGGGAUGGGAGACCCUGCCCUCCAAGCACAGAGAGAGGAUACUGGCAGCUGCUCUUGAUAAAAGAGACAGUAGAAGACUUGGGGGAAAAGCCUGUAUUCACCAGCUCACAGCAGCCGAGGGGUGUAAGAUGCCCUUGAGUUCCUGCAGCUCCUUGUGAGAGACCUCUUGUCCACAGGACCAUUUGGGUCAUCAGGAACACAGGGAAAGGAAGUUGCACUGCAGUUACAUCAUCAGCCAUUAUGAAGUCAGACGGUCUGGGGACGCCAGGCCUCCCAUCCACCGCAGGGAGAGGGACUGGUGCUACCAAGCCUGGAGACACUGGCCCAUUCAGGGCAAAGAACGUCAAGACCAAGCAGCCAGGCGACCACCAGAGCACCACGGCUAAAGCCAAGACUACAACCUCCGCAUCAGCCAAACCAGUGCUCAACAGUACGGCUGGCCCAGGGGGGGCUAGGAAGGAGGUAGCCACCCCUAACGGACCCAGGGGGUCCCCAACAGGGGGGAAGGGGACUAAGGACCAGGACAGGAGGCCUAACCCAAACCCUGGAGCCAGGCCCAAGACCUCUCCCCCAGGCACCACCUCCACAGCUCAGGCCAGGCCAGGGAAACUGCAGAAGAAUACAGCAGGGAAGGGUGACUCUCUUCAGGGGGCAGACAGCAGUACGGCCCACCCAGCCACUACCACCCCCUCCACAUCAGGCAGUGCCUCUCCUGACAACAGUUCCGGAAGCCCACGCAACUGCCCCACCAUGCCAGAUCUUAAGACAAAAACCCAGGCUAAAGUUCUGACCAAAUCUCCACUGACGAAACCCCCCCAGGAAACAGACACCACAAAGACCAACAGCCCUACCAAUAAGCCCAGCACCAGAGAGGCCAAUAAAGCCAAGCUCCCCACUACAGGAAGAACAACAACUGUAGGAACAGGAGCCAGAGCAGACACAAAGGGGAUGAGCACACCAACAGGCUCAGCUGAGAACCAUGGUGAGAGGCAGAACCGUGUGUGUGCAGUCUCUAGAUCUGGGUCAUCCCUGAGUGCCAGAAAGCCUGCGUCUCCCAGGAAAGAGGAGGAUAAGGAUGGCUCCAAAGUCUCAGCAGACAAAGCAGCCAGGAAGACCACAAAAACCACCCCAGCUACCGCAGCCACGGCCAAAUCUACUUCUAAACCAGUCAAAGCCAUCUCCAGCUCCUCUCCUUCCAAACAGCCUCCACUAGCAACGGCCAAACCUGGACCAAAGCAGAAUGCUACCUCUGAAUAUCCUACAGAGAAAGACUCACCCAAGUCAGCGGGGCCAGUUAAAAACGUAUCCUCUGUCGUUUCAUCCAAAAAGCCUGCAGCUAAAGAGAAAGAGGGAUCUAAUGGUAAAACCUCUGCAGAGACCCAGCAGGCUAAUGACACUGGUUCUGGAGCAGAGAGGGUCUCCUCACAUUCAGAUCCCAGAGAGGCCUCAGAGCCAGUAGCAACAUCCACAGAGCAGAGUCCAGCUCAUAACAUCCCACUACCACCAGGCCCCCAGGGCCACAGUGGAGGAGGGGACUCCCUCUCCUUACCCCUGAACGCCAGCCCUACGCUAAGUCCUCAGAAGUCUGCCAAACAACCAGGUAAACCUAACUGCACAAGAGGAGUCAGGGCUCCGUCCAGUCAGCCACCAGCAAUCAACCACAUAUUUAAUGGGAAUGACCUCGUAAAUGGAGAGCCUGCUAAGCACACAGAGGGGACACACACAUGUAAACACACUCCUGGCUCAGCCACAGACCUUCCGCUGGACACCCCAACCCCAGGCAGCCCUCUGGAGGACUCGUGGAGCAGCCUGCACCACCAGGUCAGCCCCGAGUCAGAAUCCGGCAGUGCCACCACCUCAUCAGACGACAUCAAGCCUCGCUCUGAGGACUACGACGCCGGGGGCUCCCAGGACGAUGUGGAUGACUGCUGUUCCAACGACCGCGGCGAAUCCAAGGGGGGCGGCACCAUGCGUUGCCAUGACUUCCUGGGACGCAGUAGUAGUGACACGAGUACGCCUGAGGAGCUGAAGAUGCUGGAUGGUGGGCUGCGGGUCGAGGUGAGGCUGAAGGGGUGCGAGGUAGAGACCACCAGCGAGGAGGAAGGGGUGAAGCAACGGCCGCGCUCCUGGCUGAGUAGGGACAGAGACGAGGUCCCUGUUGAGGAGGAGGUGCAGGCCAAUAUUACGGUGAAGCAGGUCCCCGACAGCCAGCUCUUCUCCUCUGAAGAGUCCGAGGAGUCUGAGGAAGAGAAUGAGAGGUCAGAGGUGGAGGUUCUUCCUGUUCACCAGGCCCCUCUGCCUCCUGCCGACCCCUCUUCUCAGUUCCAGGGCAUUGUGAACAUGGCCUUCGAGGAUGGAGGUGACCCUGGUCAAGACAACAAACAGCAGCAGCAACUGGACUACCAAUCAGCCUCUAACUUCCGCCGCUCUGUUCUGAUCUCUGUUGACGAGUGUGAGGAGCUGGGAUCAGAGGAGUGCGGGGUGCAGACUCCGCCCCAGCAACAGCCUGAUGACCCCCUCAUGCCCUGCGACGUCUUCGGGAGCGACCCUUCUCCGGCCCCUCAGUCAGUCCCCAACUUUGUCUCUCACUCUGGGGGGCACCUGGCAUCGGACUUUCCCAAAAGCACACCUCAGCAGCAGCAGGAACAAGGCAAAGAGCACGAGUCCAAAAACAACAAACCCAACAAACCCAUUGUUUUCCUCACUGAGAUCCAGGAUCCUCUGGUAGAUGACCAUAACCCCACCAAAGUGGAGGAAGUAGAGCCCAGCCCUGGUUGCCCUUCUCUGGACCAUGACCCCACUGUCCUGCCUCCCCAGGAGCGAGAGAGACCCUGCCACCUAGACCUUCGGCCUGCUGAACAGUACAGCAAUGGAGGAUCACCACGCAAGAACCCCUCAACCAAGCCUAGCCAAGCAUCUGUACCUGUGCAUGUAGACAACAAGAGAUCAGACUUACAUACAUACUUAAAUGACCCUCAGCAGAAAGGGGGCUCUCCUGUACAUGCAGCUAUCCCACAAUCCCCAGCAGGUAAUGUAUAAUGAUCUACAUCUAGGAACCCACUUAAUUUAAACACUGUAGGCAAACCCCUCACCAAUUCUCCCUCCCCACCCAGCCAAACUCCAUUAGUCAAGGCAUAGAUAGUUAAUUAGUUCUCCCUUUGUAUCUUGCAAUCUCCUCUGUCUGAUAUAACAUGAUGCUCAGACUAUUCAUUUGCAUUAUGACACGUACACUUAUCCCCUUCCUCUCAAAAUGAAUAUAAUACAGAUUACUUAACUAGUUCAAAUUCAAAUUGGUUAAGGGGGUCGUUUUUUGAUAUGCCCAUAUGCUGUAGCCGAAAGCUUGUUAUAAAUACACAAAACAUCUGUGUACCAGUCCCUUGAUUUUAAUUGGUAACACCAAUAUCCGUUUAAAAAAUGGAGAUUGGUCAAUCAAGAAACGUGCAGAAAUAGCUUAGCUAUAAUCCUCUUAUAACAACUCAACUACCUUUUUUCAGAGGCAUUCUGACCUUGACUACUUAGAUUACUUAUGGAGAAAAAAAAAAGCAAUGUUGAUUUCAAUGAGAACUGAUUCUAAAAUAUUAAGUGUGAGUCCUAAAUGGCACCCUAUUCCCUUUUAUAAGGCACUACUUUUGACCACGGCCAAUCGGGUCAAAAGUAGUGCACUGUAAGGAAUAGGGUUCCAUUUGGAAUGCAAACUUAGUGUAAAGUAGUGUGUCAUGUGUUGGUUAGAAACCCCCUGCCUUCUGACAAGGUGUGGCGGACUGAUGUAGGCCUAGUUGUAUGAAUGCACUUUGAUGUACAUAAAAAUGCAAAUAUUCAAUGAUUUUUCAUUGUUUCUUUUAGUGAAUGCAACAAAAUCCAACACGAAAUCCAACAGCUCCUGGCCAUUUUUAAGCCACAGCUGAUGAUAUUAUUUAUUAGAUUGAUGUUUCCAUAAUUUGUAUUUCAUGCAGAAGAUAUGAGAAAGAUAUGAUUUUUUAAAAUCAAAUGACACAAUAAUAUGCAAAGUGGCCAGUUGAUUUGGAGGGUAAAUCCACAAAUACUAAGCUGUCAUUACGACCAGAUUGCUUUUGAGAAAGAUGUCAAUCUUUGUUUUACUUACCUACAGGGACUCUUGCCUACCCAGGAUCGGCUUGUUUUUGUUAUUUAUUGUCAGACCCUUCUAACCUGUAUCUUCUCAUCAGUCUGCUUAUCUAUAAAGACUGCAUGAUAGUAGUACAUGCCAUUUGUUGUGUAUUUUUAUUUAUUCCACCCAAUAUGUUUGUUUUUACUUCAUUAUUUUUUUACCUUGUUUUGGUUUGGUUCAAUAGACACCUGGUAGUUUUCUGUGUGUGGUGUGUCUAGAACAAUCUUUAUAUUCCAUGUCUCUCUUUUUUCACUCAUGUGAUACAGCAAAGCUAUUACUUAGUUAGGGGUCAUGUCUGAAAUGGCACCCUAUUCCUCAUAUAGUGCACUAUACAGGGGAUAUGGUGGCAUUUGGGAUGCAUCCUAGUUAGGGUCUAUCCCAGUGCAAAACAUGUCAAUCUUGUUUUUGCUGUCAACAGCAAUAAGUGGUCAAUUGUAUUAUCCAUUGCCAGCAUGGAUCUGUUAUUUACAGUGAUAUGGAAGCAGUGUUAAUAACAAAGAAACUGUACAUAAAACCAGAUGGGAAAUGUUAGAUUAACCUAUGUACUUCCCUUUGUGCUGCAAAGUAAAUCAUUUCUGCCUGAAUUUAGGUUUUUGUGACAGUAUUAUAAUCAUAUCUGUACAAUACAAUAGUUAUAUUCAUUAGUUAAAGAUACCUGCACGGUUUUAUUUCCUCAAACAUAUCACUGGUGCCUGAGCAAACUGAGUUAUGCAGAGUUAACUAACCAGCGCUGGCAAUGCAAUGGAAUGAAUGGCUUCCUGUGUUUUUUACUGCUGGAUAAAAGAGACACAUCCAGACAACUACAUCCCUCUGUGCUUGACCUUUAAGGCAGCUGUCCAUCCUAUCUGUCACCCACAGUCCAGGUCAGUGACUACUCAUGACUUAUGCAUAUGAUAGAAUUCUACAUUAUAUCAACAAUUUCAUAUUGUAAUCCAUUGGUCUGUAACUAUGUACCAACAAUGGUGAAAUGAGGGCCUCCCGCCUCUCUCCUAGUGGAAUAGAGGACAGGUUUUUGACUCAUAUUCCAUUAAUAAUCAAAUGACAGGAUAAGAGGACACAGUUGCAUUAAGGGUGAAAAUGUAGUAAUCUAAAUGUUGGGAUAAUAACGGAAAGAAGUGACCUGCAGGAUACCUUUGUAAUGACUAUGGACUUAUGGAAAGAUGAAUCGUUAUGUCAUUGUCAACUGUUUUUAGGGGACAUUGAAGGACAAUGAGACAGACUGGAUCAAACAACAACCCCAACCUGUACACAUGACUUGACGCCCUUCCAAAGCCCUCUCUACCAACUACGAACUGAACGUGAGACAAGCUUUUGAGCACCUCAGCUCCUCUGACAACAGGAGCAGGAGGAGCACAGUGGGGCAGGAGGAGGAGAACGACAAAGACGAAGAUUACAAUGAAGAGAGUGGUAAGUUUGCGGAGCAUGCUGAAGAAACUCCUCUCGGACCAGGAGUCCAGUCUUGGCGUCAUAAACCCAGUCCCUGAGGACCUAAACCUAGCCCAGUAUCUCAUCAAGUAGACCCUGUCCGUCUCCCGGGACUGCCUGGACACCCAGCAAACCUUCCUGCUCCACUAGAAGGAGACAUUUAAACGCUGGGCAGAGCUCAUAUCACCCCUGGAGGACUCCACAACCAGCAUCACUGUGACCAGCUUCUCGUCCGAGGAUGCUGCCUCUCCGCAGGUGUAGUGGACCAUUGUGGAGCUAGAAACGUAUCACUGACAAAGCCUAUACAGAAUUAAGGACUUAAUGAAUCAUCUUGGAGUUAGAAACACAUCACUUGAUUGACAGUGUCUCGUUAGUCCUUAAACCUAUGUUAACUUCUUUCUAGAUUAAUCAACCUUCUAUCUGGAUUCAUUAACUAAACAACACUUCUUCUGAGACAGACACUACAACAGUACUAUCUAUCAGCAGGACCUGUUACACUUUCUCUCUGGACUUCUGCAACAUGUCUUCAGUUUACUGACAUCUACAGUACCACAAUUAUUCUGUCUUUUAAAAAAAAAAAAUUUUUAUUUUAUUUUAUCAAUUAUUCUGUCUUGAUGUUUGAGUCAUCCUCUAUUUAUUGGUUGACUGUCUCAUGCUUUUUAUGCUGCUUUUUAUGAGUUUUUUUCGGGCUCUCAAACUGAGCUUGUUUGUUUGCAUUCAGUCCCCUUCACAGUGCUUGACUUGGACUGAAAUAGGUUCCAGUACUAAUUUUGGGUGCCGGUACUGUUUAUUUUUAGGUAAAGGAGCUCCACAAUACCUUUCGAUAAGAGGAACAGGAGCUCAAGCCGUAGAACAUUUUAGGUGCCAGAACUCAGCUCCAGUGAGCACCUGCCCAGUCAAGCACUGCCACUUCAUCAUCUUCAGUUAUAUCCUUAAUACUUAAUGGACUGAGAGUUUAAACACAAAUAAGCUGUUGUGCAUGCGGAUAUUUGUGUAUGUUUAACUGUUUACUUGGUGUUUGCAACCUUUUAGAAAGAAGAAAAUAAAAAUAAAAUGUCUUUCUCAUGGUUCUCUACUCAUGAUGAUGGUUAAACAGUGGAGUUUCACAGAAACUAGAGAACAUGUUGGUAUGUUGGCUUUAUAUUCAUUGUGUAUAUGAAAAUUAAAAUGUUUGGUUCUAAAUACAAUGGUUUAAUAUUUUGGGGGGUUUGGUGAUAGUGAAUACAAUAGUAGAUAAUUUUUUUUAAAUAAACAGAAUUUGUGAAAUGA